AUGAGGGCCAGUUGCUGCCCGCAAAUUUCACCCUGGUCGAAAUACCUCUUGAUCCAAUUCACCAAACUUGUGGACGUGUACGACGCGGAGCGGCGUCAUGUUGGCUAUUUCUACGACAUCAACCUCUUCAUCAUCAUGCGUUUUGGAUUUUCAGAUGCCAAAGGUCGCAUCUGGUUUGAAGCGAGAUAUGCUUCCUUCCUCUCCCGCUUCAAGCCCAUCAUUGCUUCUUAG